GUUUUGCUCACAAUAAGAAAAAUGCCAUAUACAAGCAGCCUUAUUUUUGAACUUGCAGCAAGAAUGGUGGUGAGAGGGAUGACAACAUCAUCUCUUUGCAAACAAAGGGAGGUUUUGCUAUUAACUUGUUCCCUCCCAUCUCCUUUCUCCAAACCAACUCCCCCCUCAGUCUCCAGGUGGCGUAGCGCCCUGUCCACCCCCUCCCCCUUCUCCACCCCUGGCCCUCCACUGAGUCAAGUGUCUCCCAUCAGCGCGUCCCAUUCAGCUAAACCCUGUUCCACCCCCCAGUCAUCUACAAGACAUGCUCCAUCCCUCUCCUCCCCACUCCACCACGUCCUCCAUCAGACCCUCAGUCCUGUAGGGAAGGAGCUUUCCCCUGUUGCUGAGAGGACUCCCACAUUCCUCCCCCAUCCUGCCAACCGAAGCCGCAGCCUCCGAUGCUCAGCCCUCAGUCCCCAGUCAUCCAUGGACAGCGACCUCAGUGCUUUAGAGGUGGAGGACAACUCCAUCACGCUGGGAUACAAACUGCAAGACCUCACUGACGUCCAGGUUAUGGCCCGGCUGCAGGAGGAGAGUCUAAGGCAGGACUUCGCCAACACGUCGUCCAUCCUGGCCACCCGCCGCAGCCAGAGCUUCAGCUUCCAGCUCAGCGCCGGCCCCGACCUGGAGGAGGAGGAAGACGAGGAGGACGACGAAGACUACGACCUCUUGCCUCCGCCGCAGCCGCGCCUCACCCGCCUGCCACACUCCCACACCUUCUCCAGCAUCCGAGACUGGCAAAGAAGCACCAGUUCCCUCUCCACCCCUCCUUCCACCCCCUCCACCCCUCUGUACCCUUCUGCUGGGUUCGCCAUUCAAUAUCACCUCCAAGCUCAACCUCAGGGAUUGGGACUGGUCAGCUCCUGCGCAGCCGAGCAGCAGGGUUUCAGAACAGGAUCAGAUAAGCUGAGGAGGAGCAUGCCUAACCUAGUCCGAGCCCCCAGCAUGCCUAGUGUGCCCGUGCCAACUAAUUUCGGCGCUUCUCCUUCUUUGCUUCGUAAUAGUCUGAGUUUUGAUUCUUCUUGUGGACUUGCUCAACCACAGCCCUCCAGCCAGCUGCAGAACAGGAUCCAGAGUGUGGGGAACUUCUCUGCCUUGUCACGGCAACCACUGAAGGCCACCGCCUACGUCAGUCCCACCAUCAAGCGCUCAGCCUCCACACCAACCUCAACCCUCCUCCCGUCUUUGAGCAGCAGCGGGAGUGCCACUGGGGUCGGCAGUGGCAUCCCCCUGCUCAGUAAACUGGCCGGUGGAACCAUUCCUCGCAGCAGUCUGCCCCGCCCAGCCUCCUUUGUGGGCUCUACAAGCUCCACCUACCGCAGCAAGGGAGUCCAACCGGCGCGAAGUUUACCGACACCUCCUAAGAGCUUGUCCACCCUCAGUGCCCUUCGUGACAGCACCUGGAGAGAUGGCUGCUACUGAACUGAACCAGUGUAGUAGUGCAGUGGCACCCUGCUGGCUGGGGUGACACUACACCCCAGCAUCGAAUAGUUAAAUGUGGUCACAGGUGAGGGGCUUCACAUGAACUUCUCUGUCACACCAUUCCUUCAACACUAUGCAGAAUUUCUUCGGCAAAGGCGGGGUCGCGAUGUACUGACACGGACAUUCUACAUCAAGGGGAGGUUGUUCCUUGUUGCUUUUGUGCAAUACACUGCUGGCUGUAGGGUACCAGUAAUGCAAUGCUUGCUAAAGAGGGCUGCCGGUUUUUAUUAAACUAGCACAAUGAUGCUCUAGUUACUGAUUAAUAUGUUUAUUUUAAAUAAAACAUUUUUGCAACAAGUGCCAAUGAUGCUGCUAGAAUUUAAUCAGUCCCUGUUAGUUUGGGCACAUGUUGAAUUUUUACAAGCAACAUAUUAAAGUGUCUUUGUGUACAGAGGUAGCUAAUACGUGUGUUUAGGUAUAGUGUAUAUUGAUGCAACAUUUUAGAAUUUUAAAUGUCAAUCUUGACCAAAUUUAAAAUGUCUGAAUGUGUUUCUAGCAUUGUCCCACCAUGGUGUCAUAAUACGCUGCACAUAUCAACACUUUGAAACUGUUGUUGAUGCACUUUGUAUAAAUCUAUACACUUACUGAUAUUUUGUUCUUUUCACUAAUGUUUGCACUUGUUUUAUGUAUCUUCUGGAUUUAGGGUAAAACAGUUGUUUAUGGGAUAUUUCAGUUGUAUAUGGCAUAAUGUAGCACCCUUUGUUUGUAAUGUUUCAGUUGCCUUGACAUGACAGUUAUCAUGGCACAUUUUCCGAAAUCCUAACACUUUUGUUAUUGUGAUGGACUGAAUGACUUGGAAACUUAAAUAUAAAUAAAAUACU